AUGGACCUUCAGAAAACGAAAGAGGCUCGGCGGGAUGCUCCUGCGAAGCAAGAAGAAGGCACCGAAGGUCCUUUAAAUGCGUAUGGAGGGAAGGCCCAUUCAAAAGAUUCCCCAAAGAAUGAUUCUCUAGAUCAUCGGGAUGCGAACGACUCCAAAACAUCGACAGUUGUGGACCGACGACGUUCAUCAGCCAAAUUCACCUAUGAUGACGGAGCUCGUCGAGCUUCGAUACCGUCGCUGCCAACUGCUUCCCCAGCCUCGUCGCCUUCGUCAAAGACCAUGGACAUUCCCCCGGCGUUGGGACUAGGGCAAAAGGAACAAAAGCUCUUGCUGUCCGCGAAGCGAUAUCCCCCGGUGACAAAGAGCACUCUCAGUGAGCUGGACCUGCCAUGCAUCAUGAGCAACAUCAACCUCCGCAUGGACGCCAACUUCGAUCGCGACCUCCACUUUAAGCCCGACCUCGAUGGCGAAAAGGGCCGACGGAAACGCAAGGAAGCCGCAGAUUACUGGGAGGCCAUGGCUGUCGAAAUCACCAUUUACGCCUUUGGCGCAGCGCAUCAGAUGGGGAAUAUCACGGAGGGAUCCUCCGAGCCACGACAAAUGUUUGAACCUCGACUACCCGCCAUGUUUGAAACGCUACAGGACGUUUUGAAGACCCUCGUACCAGAGCGAGAUCACCCCAGCGUCAUGCAAAACCUCGAGGUGGCCCUAUUGAUGCAACAGAUCCAGAAAGGCGUGCUGGAUAUGGUCGGGGUAGCCAAGUGGCUGGCGGCGCUGCUGAAAACGCACUGCGCUCCGAUGCGCGACGAAUGGGCCGACCGGAUGGUCACGCAAAUUACUUCGGGGUCGCAAUCGCAGGACUCGUUUGAGAUUGUGCGCGGGUUGCAGACUCUGUUUGCGAUCUUGGAAGCUAUGAAAUUGGACGUUGCAAACCACCAAAUUCGUGCGUUUCGGGUCCUCCUUAUCGAAGACACAAUCCCCUUUCUUCAGGAAUACUUCCGAGGGAAAAUGCAGCGAGACAAUUUCCGCGUCGAGUCGGCCCGCCGCUGGUAUAUCGAUCUGCGGGAACGCGAGCUCCGCGCGAUGGAGAAACCGAUCCAGACCGACAGCUUCUGGCCGUUAUCCCUUAUGUUCCGUGGUAUAUCUGAAUUCCUGCUGCAGUUCCAGGGUCCCGAUGCAUUCCCCGAAACGUUUGUCUUUGAUUCCGACCGGUUAUGGCAGCUGCGGGCAUGUCUGCAGAAUCUCAUCAAUCUUGACAUUUGUUGGUUUAUCUUCGAGUCCUACAUUCACACGCAAAAAAGAUAUCUCUCGGCCCCAGCACAGACAUACGCAAGUUUUCGCUCUCGGAUCGGAUCCUUGAUGGAGACAAACGACGAUUGCCCGCGGGGGUCGCCUCGCUGGCUCAAGAACGUCCGAUGCAUCGCCCUCGAGAUCGCACGGUUCGCCUGUGCGGCGUGCUGCGGCGAGUCCAUGGUGUCGGACACGGUCAUUGCGCCGAUCGAAGCGGCGCUGGAGUGGCACCUGUCGAACGAAUCCGGCCUGUUCCAGUUCUUCCAGAAUUCCCUGCGCGAGAAGCUGCUGUCGGAGACUUUUGCCUGUGCCAAGAAGUACCUGAACAUGUCGCCUCUCGCCAUCUGCGAGUCGCAACGACACCAUCCGCAGCCGGCAGGGCUCCAGCAGCAACACGAUAUCGAGCGGAUUUCGAUGCGCCUUGCCCAUAUGGGCGUUUUGCACUGGAAGGUCUGGGCGCCGAUUCUGUACGUGCGGGAAAGCCUGUCGCCAACUGACGUGGCAAUGGCUCCGUGGACUGCGUGA